UUUUCAUUCUUUGGCAGUUUUUCAUUUUUUCAUUUUUUAUUUUAUUUUUUUUCCGCGAAAUUUGCAACACAGCCAAACAAGCUGCACCCCGUUGCUUUCUCAUCCACAUCACUCUUACAACCACCACCACCACAAUGCCAAUUCCUGCAUCAAGAAGUGGCCACGUCCACUCCCAUCCAGUCGCUCAAGCGCAGCGACCGCGACAACGCCAAGCGGGUCCACGAGCUGAGGAAGUUGCCGAGUUUGCAGAAUCCACGUCAGCAAACGCCGGCCACACCCGGAGCCAGUUGCACCGAGUCCCCGCCCGUCCCGCUGCCCCUGCCACUGCAAAUGCGAUCGAGAGCGUCGAUUGCAGCACAGACCAGGUCGCCUGCGGGUCGCGCGGCACAGGCAGCCAACCGAGUGCGGAACGAGCGGUCGUGACGUCGACGAUGCUGGGACGAAAAAACUCGCCAAGACGAGACGUGUCAAACGCAUUGCCGACAUCCCAGCCAAGCCACUCAAGCCACUCAAGCCACUCAAGCUCGUUGGCUCACCCUCCUGUGGUUGUGGCAGCACCACCGCACAGUGCCAUGAGUGCCAUGAGCAACGCGGAGGCUCGCAAGCACAAGCGAAUUGCGAAACAGCAUGUUACACGCCGCAAGCCACUUCCCACCACUACCACUCCCGCAUCGCUUCCCGCAUCGUCGGAAGAUUGUGUCACUUUGCACGAGCGGGCCAUGAACCAGCUCAACGUCGAACGCACAACCGUCGAAGGGCUGGUUCGAUUGGCUUUGCGCAAAAUUCUGCCGGCAAUGGCUGCGCCUCUGCCUCUGCCUCUGCCUCUGCCUCUGUCAGUCCCAGCCGCAUCGCCCGUGCAUUCGUCGCCAUCCUCGCCGUCGGCAUUUGCACCACCUGCUGCUUCGGCACCUCCUGCCCCACGUCCUGCUUCAGAGGCGCCACUGCUUCGCACCGUUCUGAUCAACAACUCGCUCAAGCUCGCGUGCCGACAGCGCCAUGAGCUCGACCGCCGCGAGUAUGAUCAGCGCACUCUGUUUUUGCAGCAGUUGAGCCAGCAGCGAGCAGCAUUGCUCAACCCUGGCCUCAACACGCCCGCCAGCAACAACACAAACCAAAUCAUUUGCUCUCCGAUGAUGCUCCUUGCGACGCCGCCGCCGUUGCCCUCAUCCGAUGGCGACUGUCUGUCCAACAGCAGCAGCAGCAGCAGCAGCAGCAGCAGCAACAACAGCGACAGCAGCGACAACGAGUUCGAUGAGGUUGCCUCGACUUCGGAUCAAGGCAACUCGUGCCCGCAGUCGCCAUCACCACUCACUGCCAUGGUCGAGGAAGGCAAGACAACCCUCGCCUCCCAGUGUCUCCUGCCUCAGCCGUCUCUCCUCAGCUCGUCCUUGACCGUGUCUGGGUUUGGCGCCAUCGCAUGAAAGGGAGACCACUUUCAUUAUUUUCAGUUUGUUGAUAUCCUUCACAUUUAGAACAUUUUUAUUCAUCUCGGUUUGCCAUUGUAUUCACUAUCAAUACACCAUUUACCCCCA